AUGCGAUACUUCUUUGCUCUUUGCUACUUAAUCCAGUCUAUCUCUGCCCCCAGUCUGUCGAUAGAGUCUUCUGGUGGCAAUUCCUCAAGCCAGCUUCUCUGCGGCGUGCUUUACGAGGAUAUUUAUCACUCUGGGGAUGGCGGUUUGUACGGCGAAUUGAUCCGCAAUUGUGCUUUUCAGGGUUUAUCUAAAGAUCGCGUUGCUAGCCUCGACUGCACUUUGGACUUUUGGCACCUAGUCGGCGGUGUUACCCUCUCUGUUGAUGAUUUAAAGCCUGUGUUGUCUUCCAGCCUGCCGUAUUACCUACGCAUAGAUGUCCCUAAGGGAGCAACUGGCAAGGUAGGCUUCUAUAACAACGGCUUCUGGGGUUUUGACGUUGAUGCUACCGAGCGGUAUAUCUCCAGCCUACAAAUCAGAGGCGACUAUAACGGUUUGGUCGAGCUUGCUGGAAAGUCCCUCCAUAUUAACCUGCUAAGUCUUUUCAAGCAAACCUAUAAGAAUCGUGGCAAUGGUCUGCGAAAAGACCUUGCACUAGCUGUGGAUGACCUAGGCGCCUUAUGGAUCAGAUUGCCGGGCCGCAAUAACAUGGAAGGUCUUUGCUUUCCCUAUCACUUUAAGUGGAACGAGACUUUCGGCGAACUCAAGAACCGACCUGGUAGACUGGGCACUUGGGGUGAUAUCAACACGGACGGCUUCGAUAUCCUUGAGCAGAUGCAGAUGGCCAAGGACUUGGACCUUACUGUUGUGCUUGGACUCUUUGCUGGGCUCUAUCUCAAUGGAGACAUUAUUGCAGAAGAGGAUCUUGGGCCUUACGUCGAUCUGGCUUUGAGCGAACUAGAGUUUCUCAUGGGUGAUGCAUCUACAAAGUACGGUUCGCUGCGUGCCUCUCUCGGAUACCGCAAGCCGUUCACUGUUGACUGGGUCGAGAUCGGAAAUGAGGACUACCUCAACGGCGGUACAUCGACAUACUACUCGUACCGCUUCAAAGCAUUGUACGACGCCAUUCGUGCCAGGUACCCCAAGAUGAACGUAGUCUCAUCUAUCAAUCCGUCACCAUCACCUGACAAAGGAAGCGGAGGCAUGGUUGACAUUCAUACCUAUGAUAACGAAGCCCAUUUCGUCAAAUUGUUCAACACCUUCGACCAGGCGAGCCGAGAUUAUCCCGUAUUCGUGGCUGAAUAUGCAGCCAUCCGAUCGGGCUCAAACACCGGUGGUGAAAUUGGCGCGCAAACUUUCUCGAUGGCUUGUGCAGAGGCAAUAUUUCUGCUCGGCUGUGAGAGAAACUCAGACGUGAUUAUAGGUAGUGCGUAUGGCGCUUUCAUCAAGCAAUAUGACGAAGAGCCGGGAACCGUGGCAGUGAUGAAACACACAGCCAACCAGAUCCUCAAGACGAACAGCUUUUAUGUACAAAAGCUCUUCGCUGCCAACUUGGGUUCCGAGACUGUCCCUGUCAAUGCCACUGGAGGAAGUUUCGGUCCUGUCUAUUGGUCUGCAACAAAGAAUGGGGGCAAGACCUUGCUUAAGCUGGUCAACUACAAUGGCAAAAAAGGUGCUGCUAAUGCGGUCAAGGUCACGGUCAAGGGAUCCAAAGCCAACAGGGCUACGCUCCACUGUCCUCUCCGCACCAGACGGGUCUAG